AGUUCGCUUUCGUUUACUUUUCGUUUAAUUACAUUUUACCGUUACAGAUUAAAUACAACUUUCUUACAGCACCGCGAUGUAUCAGGUCGUCCCAGGGCAGUUUGACGACGCCGAUGAAAGCGAGUCAGUAAUCAGCCCUGAAAAGCCCUCUCUGGAGAACCGAUUUGAUGAAGUUACUUUACAGUCGGUUGAAAAUAACAAGCAAAAAGAAUAUGAGGAAGACUAUGAUGAAGACGAGGAGGAUGAUGACGAUGAUGAUGAUGAAUGGGACUGGAAUGAGUCAGCUGGAGGAGACUUUACUAAGCGCUACACUGCAAUGAGGACUGGGUGUAACCCACAGGCUAAUCGUCAAAACUCUAAUAAUAAGUCCAUAAAAAUGUCUACUCCGUCAGACAAGGUCCUGAGGAAAUUUGAAAACAAAAUAAACCUUGAUAAACUGAGCUAUGCAGAUUCUGUAAUCAAUAAAGUCACUGUGAUGCAAAAGCAGAGGGAAGCAGACACGUUUCGAGUAAAGGAUAAAUCAGACAGAGCUACCGUUGAGCAGGUUUUGGACCCCCGGACACGUAUGAUUCUGUUCAAAAUGCUUAGCAGAGGCGUCUUUUCACAGAUCAAUGGCUGUAUCAGCACUGGCAAAGAGGCAAAUGUCUACCAUGCAACCACUGCUAAAGGAGAAAGCAGAGCCAUCAAAAUAUACAAAACCUCAAUUCUACUAUUUAAAGACCGAGAUAAAUACGUCAGCGGGGAAUUUAGGUUCCGCCAUGGGUAUUGCAAAGGGAAUCCUAGAAAAAUGGUGCGCACUUGGGCUGAGAAGGAAAUGAGAAACUUGAUCAGACUACAGACUGCUCAGAUUCCAAGUCCAGAGCCCAUCAUGUUGCGGAGCCACGUCCUCGUCAUGAGCUUCAUUGGUCGAGAUGAUACGCCUGCCCCUCUUCUGAAAAACGCUGUCCUGUCUGAAUCCAAAGCUCGUGAACUCUACCUGCAGAUCAUCCAGAACAUGAGAAUAAUGUACAGUGAAGCUCGUCUGGUCCAUGCUGACCUCAGCGAAUACAAUGUGCUGUAUCAUAACGGAGAGGCCUAUAUUAUUGACGUAUCUCAGUCCGUUGAGCACGAUCACCCUCAUGCUUUGGAGUUUCUUCGGAAAGAUUGCAGCAAUGUUAAUGACUUUUUUCAAAGACACAAUGUGGCUGUUAUGACUGUACGUGAGCUGUUUGAGUUUGUCACAGAUCCCUCCAUCACAACUGACAACAUUAACAAGUACCUGGACAAGGCGAUGGAGAUUGCGUCUGAAAGAACUGCAGAGGAAAGAUCCGAUCAGGAUAAAGUUGAUGAAGAGGUGUUUAAGAAGGCCUACAUUCCCCGGACGCUAAAUGAAGUCACUCAUUAUGAGAGAGACGUGGACACAAUGAUGAAGAAAAAGGAGGACACGUCUUCUGAAGACACAAACACUGACAAUAUCUUAUAUCAAACAGUAACUGGCCUCAGGAAGGACCUUUCUGGAGUGCAAACGGUUCCUUCAAUACUGGAAGACUCCACAAAAGACGAGAGUUCAGGCUCUGAGGAAGAGGAGGAUGAAGACGACGAGGAGAAAUCCGGAGAGGAGACUGAAGCGCAACCAGACAGAAAGGAACAAAAGAAGUUGGUUAAAGAAGCUCAGAGGGAGAAAAGAAAAAAUAAAGUGCCAAAGCAUGUCAAAAAGCGGAAGGAGAAGGUUGCAAAAACGAAGAAGGGGAGAUGAAGAUGCUUCAGUUUAUGCUGUAGGUGAUGGCAGCUUAGAAUACUCAGAACUUUUGCUGCAAUUGUAAAUGUGUGAAGGUUUAUGAAAUGUUUAUUAGGAAGUAUUGUUUUUAAUAAACAUACACAUUUCUCUGA